GAUAGAAUUUACUCACAACAUUCAUAGAGCAUGUUAAUUAACUAGGAAAAGGUAACUAAAUCCAUUCCUAAAUGUUGCGAAAGAUGAGUUGCUUCACUCGUGCAGCUGAACGGGACAAGCGAUGGCAAAUACUUGGUCGGCACCGGCAGAAAUGGGCCAGAAGACUUCGCUGACAUCAAGCUCUUUCAAGGGUUUCCAUAUAUCGAGAAGUUACCAUGGGGGACAGACGAGUGCAACAUGAUUAAUGGCACUAGCGGCAUGGUAUUUCCUCCCUUCAUAGACGAAAGCUCCGUCUUAUUCAUCUUCAGUGCGGAAUUGUGCAGGUCGGUGUACUUAACGUACGAGCAGGACGUGGAAUUCCUGGGGGUACCAGGACUUCGAUUCAUCGUCGAUCUUGACGUUCUCGAAGACCCAACAAUUAACCUGGCCAAUAAGUGCUUUUGUUUAUCGGAUGGAACAUGCUUGAAAGCCGGAGUUUUGGACGUCUCCGCAUGUCUCGGUGUGCCAGUGGUGAUGUCCGCGCCGCACUUCUACUCGGGCUCGGAAGAAUACUACAACACAUCGGUGAUUGAGGGAAUGGCACCGGAUGAAAACAAUCACCAGACUUUCAUCGACAUCGAGCCGUUGACCGGGAUUAUCUUGAAUGCCGCCAAGAAACUCCAAGUGAACCUCAAUUUGAAACCGAUCGACAAUUACCCAAGUUUCCAGAAUGUGUCACAGAUGAUUUUCCCGAUAUUCUGGGUCAAUGAGAGCGCAUCCCUGAGCCAGGAGUUGGCCGACGACCUCUACAACAAGGUGAUCAUGCCUCAAAGAGCAGUCGCAAUCGGAUCGUGGGUUGCCGUCGGCGUCGGACUCUUCACUCUAUUGGUGGUUGGAGCCGUCGCCCUACGAGAAUACCGGAGGAAGGGAUUCCGUCCCUUCUAGGGAGAAGAGUCAAUCUGCCAGAGUUGCUCGUUGCGUCAGCGCAAAGUUACCACAUGGUGAAUUGUACAAAAAAAAUAUAUCGAGAAAUUUAUAAUGAUUACGCAUCCGUACAAACUGCGCAAAGAAAUUCGGGUGAAAUUGCUGCCAUUUUCAGUUAACUGUUAACUUCACAAGCAUAAAUACUGUUUGUUUUUCUUCCGACGUGGUUCCCGGCACACGAUGGGUGAGGACGAGUGGAGUGACACAAGCAAUGUGGGAUCAUCCGGGGAGUCCAUUUAUGAUCGUCAUUGUGAUGUUCGCAUACGUGUUGUAUGCUUUUAGUGCUGUGAUAACAUCUAUGACUGUUUUUCGCCGUAGACGGUCAAUGUUGUUAAUAAAUAAAUAAAUAUCGUAACACCAA